AUGUCGGAUAUGAUACAAAAUGCACCAUUUGGUCAAUUAUUUCAACAUGAUAAAAUAGUUGUCGGCACUGGAGGAGGAAUGGGGACUUUAUUAAUCAGUAAACUACGUGAAGAAUAUUCAGAUCGUAUGAUUAUGAUAUUUUCGGUUGUACCAUCACCAAAAUUUAUUUAUAAUGUAGUUGAACCAUACAAUGCAACAUUCUCUGUCCUUCAAUUAGUUGAAAAUACAGAUGAAACGUUUUUAUUUGAUAAUGAAGCAUUGUAUGAUAUCUGUUUUCGUGCAUUGAACAUAACAACACCAAUAUAUGCCGAUUUAAAUCACUUGGUAUCAACAACAAUGAAUGGUGUAACAACAUGUCUCAGAUUUCCAGGUCAAUUAAAUACUGGUCUACGUAAAUUAGCUAUCAAUAUGGUUCCAUUUCCACAUCUACACUUCUUUAUGCCAGGUUUUGCACCAGUAAUAUCACGUGAAAGUCGACAGUAUCGUGCAUUAACUGUAUCAGAAUUGACACAAGGAAUGUUUGAUGAAAACAAUAUGAUGGCUGCAUGUGAUCCACGUCAUGGUCUUUAUUUAGCUGCAACAGCUAUAUUUCGUGGUCCGAUGUCAACGAAAGAAGUUGAUGAACAAAUGUUAGAUGUAAAAAAUAGAAAAUCAUCGUAUUUUGUUGAAUGGAUACCAGAUAAUGUUAAGACAGCUGUAUUUAAUACAGAACACACAGGCUUUCAAAUGUCAGCAACAUUGAUUGGUAAUUCAACUGCCAUUCAAGAAUUAUUUAAAAGUAUAUUAGAACAAUUUAAACCUAUGUUUCGGCGUAGAGCCUUUUUACAUUGGUAUACAGGUGCAGGUAUGGGAGAAAUGGAAUUUACACAGUGCGAAUCUGAUAUGAGUUCACUCAUAUCAGAAUAUCAACAACAUGAAGAUGCAACUGAAGAAUGA